GUCCAGCCCGCCCCGUCUGAGAAUGACGAGGACAGAAGCAUUACUUGCGUGGAUGAAGGGCUAGAGGAGUUCUUUACGAAGAAGCUGAUCCAAGAGGAACCGCCAAGUGAGGCGAGGUCGGCUGAUUCACCAGGCUGGGCGCUGGGAUUUGAAACUAGCUCUUCCAAGCCCGUGGCCCGUUGGGAGGAAAUCAGUGUACAAGGGCAGACGGCGCUGAAAGUGGCGGUGCCCGGAGGGAAGCUGGUGGUGUUCUUACAGAACCAGCUGUCGGUCCUUGCGCCCGAGGCCCAGCCCCCCCGGGGGAUCUCUCCUGGCUCAGCCCCCCUCGCGCCGUCUGGCACCCGGACUUUCAAAAAGAAAAUAGGGAACUUCUUUGCAUUGAAGAAGCCGAAGUCCAGCAGGGGCUGGAAGUGCGAGAAGGAGCCAGAGGGCAGGAAGUCCACGCGCAGUGACAUUUCAAAGCCUCCCAGUAAGGCAGGGGAGCCUGGGAAGGCGCUGAGCAAAUCCGAAGAGGGUGGGCUUGCCGUGGAGCCCAGGGCCAAUGCAGAGCCCAGCCAGACCCCCGAUGCCGCCCACAGGGUCAGGCCCAAGUACUCCCGAGAGGGCAAGUCACAGUCACUCAUACUCCUGUGUGGCGAGGACGAAGAGGCCUUAGGAGUGAAACAUGAAAAGAGGCGGCACUUGGAGAAGAGCGACGGGGAGAUCCCCAGCUCCUUCGAGCAGCGCGUCCAUGUGAUGCUGCACCGGAUCGGGGUCACCAAAGUCCUGUCGUCCGAUGGGAAGAAGAAGCAGAGUAAAGAAGGAGAGAUCAAAAAAGCUGGUUCAGAUGGAGACAUCAUGGACAGCUCGGCAGGCUCCCCUCCCCUCGUCUUGAAAUCUCGCACACACUCCAUGUCCACAGACCCGUCUGCGCGAAGCGGCCCUGCCGACACAGCGGGCCGAGCUGCAGCCGAGCCCAGCCGCGGGCCCAGCGACGUGCGGCUCUCCUGGAAGGCCCUGGGGAAGCAGCUGAAUGCCGAGCUCAAGGGCAAGUGUUCUGAACUCCAUUCUUCCCCCAGGCGCUCCUUUGUCAUUCAAGAGCAGAGCAGCCCCACGGAGCAGCAGGUCCGAGAGAGCUGGAGCAGCAGCUUGCCCAGGACCGGGAGGAUCACGCCUGCCCCUGCCCCAAGGAGAAUUAGCAACGCAGGAGCUAGCAGGGACAGCGUCGAUGCAAUCGCUGCAGACAAUUGCCUGAAACCCAAGCCUCGUUUGAAAAAUGUGGCCACCAGGCGUGCCAUUUCCGUUCACGAAGAACAGCUCAGGGAGCAGGGCUGCACGGCCGCUCUGGAGAGUGUAAAAAUCCCCCUGCGUCUGCAGCGCUCGCCAGUCCUGAAACGGAAACCUAAGCCCAGCUCCAUGGUGGAUGUGGCGGGGAGCAGCACGCCCAGUGCCCCGGCAGCAUUGCAGGACACUCUGCCACAGGACGAACACAGGGCCACAGCCGAACUGCAGGGGGAGCAACCGCAAGCCGUGGAACAACCGGUUGAAAAUGCACAGAACAGCCAUACACCAAAGAGCAGCAGCUCCAGGCCUGCCAGCAGCCCCCCAGGGACAAUGAGUUAGUGAGGACUGCGGCCCGCUGUCAUUUCCAAUAAAACACUGCGACCAA